UCCGGGCCGGCAAAGCUCCCGCAGCCCCGGCGGAACCUGGAGCGGCUGCGGCGCCGCUGUCCCGGAGCCCGGCUCCAUGGAGCCCAACAUGCGCUUCGGGAUCGUGGAGCGUCAAGUUGUUGCUGAGGCAUGGCACCACUGCUCCUGUCCUUUCCACAAAGAGUUCUUCACUGGACAGAGUUACUGGACCCUACAAAUCUGAUCCUUUCCAUUGAACAAAUAGAAAAGUCGAGGCAAAUAUUGCUAACAAGUGAAGAUGCAGUCAGAUUUGACUUGAAGAACGAGAGGAUACAAGAAGCUUGGAAGAGAAGUCUCGCAACUGUCCACCCUGACAGCAGCAGGCUCAUCCCUGUGGCUUUCCGACCUGCAGCUCUGCUGCCUUUCUCCAUGCCCUUGCUGUUCGUGUCGCUGGUGACCACAAAAACCCUCAAGUCUAUGCUUCUGCCCCAGGUCUCCUUCUACACCUACCUGACAGCCUUCAACAUGUUCAACGGAAAUGCCACCUACAGUCGCCGCAGGACUGAGAGCAUCAUGCUGGGGGCUGGAGUCAUUGCCUCGUCCACCUUUUUUGGACUUGUGCCUCGUUUGAGACAAGUGAAGAGUGCAUUACUGCGCAGAAGCCUGCCUGCGCUCCUUGUGGCCCACAUCAGCGGGGUUAACCUUGUUGCUUCCCGGAGUCUGGAGACCAUCCGAGGGAUUGAGGUCAUGGACAAGGACGGUAAUGUCAUCGGCUACUCCAGGAAAGCGGGGACAAAGGCUGUGAGAGAGACGGCGGCCUCCAGGGUGCUGCUAUUUGGGACCUCAGCCUUCAUCCCAGAACUCUUCUCCCUCUUUAUAAAACAGUACAAGAAUCUCCUGCCGUUUCCGUGGACUUUUUGGGCCUUGAAAAUGUCUUGCACAAUAUUCGUCAUGUCACUGAUGGUGCCAGUUUCUUUUAGUAUAUACCCACAGAUUGGCCAGAUACAGCGCGGCCAGCUUGAAGAGGAGAUUCAGUCUGCGACCGAGGACACGGAGCUUUUCUACAACAGAGGGGUCUAGGAGGUCCUCGGUGAUUCCUGCGGGUCCUGCUGGAGACCUCCGUCCCCGCGGGGGUUCCUGGAAUCUCAGGCGUCUGCACCUGCAGGAGGGCUAACUCCCACACUCUCAGGACCUUUUGGCUGCCGGCGCCCCGGGCUUUGGAGCUGGGAUGGGAGAUCUGACCCACCUCCUCAACACUGCUGAGAAGGCUGGUGGCUGUGGGCUCAUCUUCUGUCUGUCUGUCAGCUUCUGAGAGGACACUGUGAAAUGGCCACUACCUUAGUCUGAUCAGGAGCGUUAGAAGGAAAUAAAGAAGGCCCCACUGCGCCCCACACAGGCUUACUCCAUGCCCCUGAGAUAGCUCAGCUGGGAGAGCACGUGCCUCAGUGCACCUGAGCUCCUGAGUCUGAGCCCUGGCAUUGGUGAGAGCUCUGGGGAUGAUGGUGCUGUGCCGUGCUGUCUCUCCACUCUGUUUCCCUCUCCUCCCUCUCUCUUUCUCUUUCUCAAAAGAGAUCAUGAGAAAGGUGAGGGACGGAGCAAGAAAUGAAAGGAAGGAAGGAAAGCGAGCGAGUCCAGGAGGCCACUCAGUGACAGAAUCAGGUGUGCUCUAGGCCAAGAGAAAGCCCAAAGGCCGGGUGGUGGCGCACCGGUUGAGCGCACAUGUUACAGUGCGCAAGGACCUGAGUUUGAGCCCCGGGUCCCCGCCUGCAGGGGGAAAGCAUUGUGAGUGGUACAGCAGGGCUGCGGGUGUCUCUCUGUCUCCCCCUACUGUCUUGAUUUCUGGUUGUCUCUAGCCAAUAGCUAAAUAUAAUAAAAAGAAAAAGAAAGAAAAUAUGGGAGGGGCAUGGAUAGGUGGGUAGUGGCACACCUGUGGAGCGCACAUGUCACAGUGUGCAAGGACCUGGGUUCAAGCCUCCAGUCCCCACCUGCAGGGGGAAAGAUUCACAAGUGGUGAAGCAGGUCUGCAAGUAUCUCUCUCUCUCUCUCUCUGCUUCUUUCUCUUAAUUUCUAGUUGUCGCUAUAUAAUAAAUAAAUAAAGAUAAUAAUGAUGAUGAGUUGUAAAAAAUUUUAAAAGAAUCUGACACUGAGGAGAUAACAUAAUGGUUAUGUAAAAAGCCUUUCAUGCCCAAGGCAGCAUAAUUCCAUGUUUGAUCCUCAGCACCACCAUAAGCCAGAGGUGAACCGUGCUCUGAUUAAAUAAAUAAAUAAAUAGAAAAAGAGAGAAUUGGGGUGGGUGAAACAGCUCACUGAGGCAGUCCUCUGCUUUACCAUAUAUGCAGUCAGGUUUGAGCCCAGCCCUCACUGCACUGAAGGAAGCUUUGGUGCUGUGGUCUCUUUCACUCUCUCUGUCGCUACCUAAAAUAACUAAUAAUAAUAAUAACCGAUGCCCCACCUCAAGGGAAACUGGACCCACUGAAAGCUCCCAACCCCACAGCAGUCCUGUUCCCGGACUCUUACUGCUUUCAGGACAACUGAACAUGCCAGCUGCCCUGAGCGCCUCUCUCCUCCCUGGAGAGGACUUGCUCUGCGGGGAAACCCCAGGCCCCGGGCAAGAUCAGGCUCCUGAGCCAACAUCGUCCCUCCCUCCUCCUCCACAUAAGGCCACUGGACCUGGCCCACUCCAUCUGUCUUCUCAGGACCUUGCUCUGGGGCCUCUCCACAUUCCUUCCCAGAACAGGGGAACUACCUGAAUCGAGGCCUCAUUUUAAAGUGACCCUUGUGGCCUGGGAGGUGGCACAAUGGGUAAAGCUUUGGGUCCUCAAACCCAAGGUCCCAAGUUCAAACCCUUGCAUUGCAUGUGUCAGAGGGACACUGGUUUUCCCUCCUCUCUCUAACAAAUUUUUAUGAUUAUCACCAGAGCACUGCUCAGCUCUGGUUUAUAGUGGUGCUGGGAACUGAACCUGGGACCUUGGAACCUCAGGCUUGGAAAUCUUUUGCAUUGCCACUAUACCUAUACCGCCUUCUGGCCCUAAAUAAAUAAAUUUUGAAAAUAAAAUAAGUGAAACAGAACUCUGGUGAUGGGAGCUGUGUGGAAUUAUACCCAGUAAGAAGUGCUAAUGGUAGUAAAUACAAAAUAUAAGGUGGACUGGAGAGAUUGCACAAUGGUUAUUCCAAAGACUUUCAUGCCUGACACUCUGAGGUCCCAGGUUCAGUUCCCAGCGUCAUUAUAAGCCAGAGCUGAGGAGUGUUCGAGUUUCUCUGUAUGUCUCGUUAAAAUAAAUAAAAAACUGAGCUGGGGUGACAGUGUAAUAAAUAAUAAAAAGACUUUCAUGCCUGA